AUGAAAUAUCUUCUUAUAUCAACCUUCGUGAUAUUAUCAUAUUAAUGGUGGGAUGUAGGUCAUAUGAUGACUGCAUAAAUAGCAAAAAAUCAUCUGAGAGAGAAUAGACCUGAUGUUUUGGCAUGGGCUGAUUCAUUAAUAUAAGACUUUAGCUCCCUUACUGAUGGAAGAUCUAACACAUUUGCAGAGGCUGCAGUUUGGCUCGAUGAUAUCAAAGAAACAGGAACUAAUUUCAUGAACGAUUGGCAUUACACUGAUCGACCAAUGAAUCCAGAUGGUCUCUAAAUUAAAAUAGAAGAUCAAGCUAGAAACAUCAAUUCCAUCUAUGCUAUCAAUUCAGCUACUUCUGUAUUAACUAGCACCAAAACUGCUAAAUACAGACAUACAGUUUUCAAAGCUGAAAUGAUUAGAGUGUUAUUGCAUGUUGUAGGUGAUCUACAUUAACCACUUCACGAUACUACUUUUUGGAAUGGUACCUAUCCUAAUGGAGAUUAAGGAGGAAAUUUGAUGAAAGUACAAGUAAUAAUUAAUACUAAUAAUAAUUAGAUUGAAAAUGGUACUUUUGUUAAUUUACAUUCUUUUUGGGAUGCAGGUGCAUUUGCCUUUACUUCUAAUUCCACUUUUCUAACUAGACCUUUAUCUUAACAAGAUUAAGAAUAUCUGGAUAAUUGGGCAAAAGACUUGAUGAAAUCAUAUCCAUAUUCCAAUUAUAAAGAUUACGAUAUGACGUAAGUGUAUUAAAAAAUUAUGUAGUAAUCCUACAGUUUGGACUUAUGUUGGAUAUAGAUAAGCUCAACAAUUUGUUUAUCCAAUGAUAUAGUCUUCAAAUAACUUCAAUAAAAAUUAUGUUGAACAAGCAAAAUAAUUCUGUGAAAACAACAUUGUUAUUGGAGGUUAUAGAUUAGCAAACAAAUUGAUUGAAAUCUUUGAUACAAUACUAUUAAAUGAAUCCAAGAUCAAAUUAGAUUAAUGA